GAAAGGUUUCGUGAAGCGGAACGGUUCUUUGGGGACUUGUAGGGAACGAUAUAUUGACCGGACGGGAUUGUUACCUACAUCUUACAGAAAAGAAACUGCUCUGCAGGGGGAGGGAUGAGUCUCUCCCCUGUUAUUGGCACUGAAGUGCCAGAAGCAGCUAAUGGAUUGGCGACACCUGUGUCUUUGGAGAACGGCCCUCAUGCACCGGUCUCAGUAAAAUAUGGUGGGAGCAGGUUACCUGGUAAUGGAGCAGAGUCGAUGGACGGGUCCUCUGGACACACAGAGAACCACGUUGAUAUGGGAAACAGACUGCACACAGUAGAAAGCACCUUUGACACUGAGACAAAUAUUAUUGAAAGAACAUCUAGUUUAUCAAUACACAGCCCUCAGGUGGUACACCCAUCUGUCCAUGAUGGGACAGGCACAGGAAGCUCCGAACCCAAAGACACAGACAUUUCUGAGGCCCCCAGGACUGAAGAUAUGGUUCUCAUGUGGGAUUCAGCACAGCAUGCAGAGCCCAAAGACCCAUGUCAGCAGGGAGGGUCUGACAUUGCAGAAAUACACCAGACAGAGGCUGAGAGUGUAGAGAGAUGGCUUGGAAGCAGAGGUAAAGAGGAUGAUGGAGAGGAAGAGAAACAGGAUAUGGAGACUGAUGAGAAGAAUGAGAACAGUUGGAGGAACACAGGAGGAAGAACAGAGAAGGCGCCCUCACAACACUACUCCUCUUCAGCCCCUGGUCCUAGUACCUCCUCCUGUUCCACUCCUCAACCUGCUCUUCUCGCCUCAGAUGACACCCCAUGCCCUCCUCAUGUUAUGGCUCAGGUGUGGGUUCGCAACAAUCGGGGGAUGCAGGACAGCAAGAGUCUGGAUGAAAUCAGUCAAGCCUGUGGAGGUGGUCCAGGAGCCAGAGGAGGUGGCAAAGGUGGGCAGUCAGAGGGCCGAAGGGCAACAAUCUCCUCAGCUUUGGAACUGGAGGGGACGGUCAGCCAUGAAGGGGACCUCACCAACUUCAUCACAAAGAACCUGGAGCAGAAGAUUAAAAUGAGCUCCAAGCCCAGUCUGGACUGCAGUGAUUCUGACUGUUCAGGUCCAAUCUACCGAAGCCGAGGGAUGACACGGAGACCAGCAGACAUCCCACCUAUUGAUCCUACAGUUCUGUUGGACCUCCAGAGACACACUCAGGAGGUGGCGCACAGUGUGGAGAUGAUGAUGAAGAGCCUAAACGGAACUAUUCAGAAUAUGACAGCUCUGAGUGUUGGCUACAUCCAGACCUACAGAGACUCUGUUGACAGCCUGGGAGAGUCUGUAGACAUGAGUAUAAAGGGUAUGUACACACUAAUGGCUCGUUGUGAGGAGCUGGAUCGCUCCAUGCAGCCCAUACACACACUGGCGGCUCAGAUCCGUGACAUCAAACGCACCCUGGAUGCUCUAGAAGCAAUCUGCAAGUAAUCCCUCUUCUGCCAGAUCCGAAUACAGCUCCAACCUGCAAAGAUUCAACAGUAAAGCUCAUCCAUGAAAAGGAUGCCGGCAAGCAAAUGCAACCCUUUCGCAGGUAGCACACACACAUUGCAGCAAAGAUUUGGUGCAGCUCAGGAGUCUGGAACCCAUCGCUGCCUGGCAUGCUCAGUGAUAGCUCUACUGUUCGCCGUUUGAAGAUGACCCGUUUUGUGUUGUGGAAUCUAAGAAGAAUUGUCGACUUUUGAAAAUGAGCUGUUCCUUGUUUUUUUUUUUCUUCUCAUCCAAACUUCAAGAAGGAAAUCCCACAAAUUAACCUUUUUUGGUGACUCUUUUGCCCUGGAUUCUAUAUAGGUCGCACCCACGCACAAAUCAUGAAGGUGGGAUGCACGCAUUCAUCAUUGUUCCUCGUUAAAGUCUGAGAGGUGUGAUGCUUUUAUCCGUCCAGCCUGUGUGGUUCAGAUUGCACUAACCUCUCCUCCACAGAUGGGGGCAAUAUUUCUGUCUCUGGAGAGGGAAGAAUUAACUGCCCAGAAGAUGGUGAGAUUUGCACUGGAACAGAAAGUCUAUUUUUUAAUCUUAUGCAACAAGCAGGUUUUUUCACUGCAGUGUAAAUUGGUGCAGUGAGAGUGUGUCUCUUUAUGUUUUUAUUUAUUCAGUCUGCUCAGCAUGCGUGCUUGCUCAAAAACACUGUGUCUGUGUGUCGUGGGGAGCCAGCUAACAGUAAUGUAUGCUGUCUGAGCUCCAAUCUGUACUGAGACUGUUUCACUUUAUCCACUCUGACUCUCUCCUGUCACCUAAUAGGUAGGUAUCAACCGUUAAAUCACAGGUCUGUUUAUUUAAUACUGAACCAGAAUCUGCCACAAACCUCUGUCUCCUCAUCUGUGGCAGCGUAAUACAAGAUGACAUGAGGAACAUAACCGGAAAAGUAUGUUUAUUGAUCCUAAAACUGUCUUUGAAUAUUGUCCAAAUAAUAAAAUAUUUAAGAAACAUCAAAUAUUUGACUUGAUUUAAAGUUUAGAUGUCAUCGUCAGACAAACUAGAUAUCAUUUUUAUGUUUCAGCAUGAUUGAAGCUUGAAGUCAAGAUUUUUUUUCUCAUGGGAUUGUAAAUUUCACUGCAGCCCCAAUGAUUUCUAUUUUUUCUAAACAGCCUUUUAACCAUGCGUUUUAAACUUCAUCCUUAAUAAUACCUACUUUUAAGUACAGCUUGUGACAAUUAAAACUGAAUUAAUGUUCACCACCUAAACAUUUAAAACAAACAGUCACAACAUAACAUAAAAUAGUUCAGAUUCAAAUGAUAUAUAUAUAUGCAUUUAGUUGCUGCAUUUGUUUACAUAAACUGUACAAAAAGACACGUGAGAUUUUAUUCUCUCCAUCUGACAUUAAAUUAGACAAAAGAAUGUUUCUAUUCUCUAAAUGCCAGAAUAAUGACAGGGAGUUCUUUUGGGGGGGGGACCUUUUCAGCUCUGCCAAUAAGGGUCUGUGGGGUUGAUUUCAGGGUUUUGAGAUGAAGACUUCAGAAGACCUCCGUUGGUGUCCUGAAGUGACUUUGUAAGUAUUGUGGCGGUAUAAUCAGUCAUUGUCCAUUUGUGCCCAAGCUAUGAACUUCCUGGCUAUAUCUUGAGGUUUUGCUUUAAUAUUUCCAUACAAUUUUCUUUCCUCAUGAUGCCAUCUAAUUUGUGAAGGGCAUCUGUUCUUUCUGCAGCAAAACACCCAAACACAUGAUACCUCAAACCCUAUACUUCCCAGGUGGGAUGAUGUUCUCAGGUUUGCAGGCUUCCCCUUUCUUCUCCAAAUGUAACGACGGUCAUUGUGGGUAAACACUUAAAUCUUGGUUUCAGACCACAGGAUUUAUCUAAAAAAAUGUGACUCUUCUGCAAUCUAUUAUCUGGCUUUUUAUCUUGCUUUUUGCAGAAUGGUUUCUUUCUCUCUGAGUGGCCUUACAGCCAAUGUUGGAAAAGGACUUGUUUCAUUGUUGAUAAUGACUCUGUGGUGGUUGGACAUUCUCGUGGUGUUUAUGCUGGCAUAUAGUGAUUUAAACAAAUAAAUGUGGCAUCUGGAAAUUGUUCCCCAAGAAUGAACCAGACUUGUGGAGGUCCACCGAUCUCUUUGUGGUAUCUUUGGUGAGUUAAUCUUUCCAUGAUGUCAAACAAGCAGGCAGUGUGUUCGAGGUGUCGCCUUAACUUCACAGGGGUGCCUUCCUUUAAUGCUAAUUUGGUGAAGCUUCCAAAGCCAUGACAUCAACAUCUGGGCUUUCUCAAAUUAUUUAAAGGCAUAUUACUCUUACAAUAUGUCAACUUCUGGAUUUGAGGAAAGUAAUAAAAAAUAGUCUCUCUCAUUAUUCUGACAUUUUGCAAACAAAUUGGUGAAAUAAUUAAUUUUGGAGAUCCCAACUGACCUAAAACAGGAGAUUUGAUUUGAUUUGAUUUGAUUUGAUUUGAACAUCUGUCCUGUUAUUUUGGCAAUAAUUUGUACUUGGUCAGAGAGCAAAGUUAGAAGUGACAGAAUCCAUUAAGGUGAGGAUAGAGUCCACCUAAACUCAAUCCCUGCCUGCAGCAGGCUCUUGUACAGUGCAAAAACAACUGUUUAGAUGCAACUACUGCUUUGAUGUCUGGGCCAUUUGCCUUUUGUUUACAUUAAGUUUAAAGUGAGGGGAGAGGUGUAUGUUAUCCAAUAAAGACAGAUAUGUUUGUGUGGAAACCUGACCACAUAUGCACGGACAUGACAGUCACCUAGCUCAUUCGUUUUUGGGCAAAUGCGACUCUUCCUGCAAACAGAAGCUAAGGAUUGCCAUAAAGGUUUCUCAGUGUAUAUAGCACCUUCACUCCCAAAAAGAGCGCAGUAAGACGAGCUGCCUCAGUUCAGUUCAAGUGUGUCAGGUAAAAAAUGGAAAUGAAACUGCUCCUGCUAUGUUCUGUGUAGUUUAAAAUCAUUGUGACCCCUGAAAACACUUGAGUGUUGGAUCUGAAAUGUGAAUUGGUCUGUUUGUGUUGAUAAGCCUGAUCUGAAUAGAUCUGCAGGUUGCAGAAAGUUGAGUUUAGUCUCCAGUCACUCCGCUGCCUCUUAUCAACAAGCACAAACCAAGACAUCCUACGUUAUUAUAUAAAUAAAUAAGUUUAAGGUCCUAAAAUAUAUUCUGUUUACAUUUGAAACCAUAUUGUUUUCUCUCAUGUUUUGGUAAAUUGAUUCUCGUUGUGCGGAAAUGUUACUCACAGUCCUUUUAAAAUGUAACUAAUUAUCUCAGCAGACAGCUUAUCAAAUGUAAAACUGAAUUUAAAAGCUUGGUUUCAAUAUUUUAAUCAUCAAUAACAGAUCUAACCAGUUUAAGAUCAGAUGGAUUUAUCUACAUUGUCAUCCUCCACCGUGUUAGUUUGAUUUUGAUCAGAUUCAGAGCUGAAACUAUAUGAUAUAAAAUGUAACUAAAUUAAAUAAUUUGUGUUAGAUUUUCAAAACACAGUAAAUUACAUCCGAUGCGCCUGUUGUCAUUUUGCCAUCAUAAAUUACCUUCUAAUUGGCGUUAAUAAAUUGUUGUUUUUUGCUGUAGUUGUCAAAUGGUUGCUGUUUUCACGUCUACAUUCAUUUACCGUUUAUUAUAUUUGUAAAUAAAACUUUGAAAACAAACUCCAAAAACUACUUAA